AUGCACCUUCCGUUGUCCCAACUUGCAGCACUUGCUGCUACUGCGCCUUUGGCUUUCGCGUCACCAAGGCUGGCGCCGCGACAGAACCAGAAGGUUACCAUUAAUUUGUCCCAGAAAUAUCAGACGAUCGACGGCUUUGGCUUUUCUGCUGCGUUCCAACGCGCGAACCUCAUUGUGAAUCUCAAAGAACCAAAGCAGUCCCAGGUAUUGGACCUGCUCUUCAACACCUCUACUGGUGCAGGUUUCUCCAUUGUGCGUAAUGGCAUUGGAUCGAGCAAGGACAGCAGUAACGACUACAUGAACACUAUCCUGCCUGUCUGCCCUUCCACACCCGAUGGCACCCCGAAUUACAAGUGGGAUGGCAAGGACUCUGGACAGCUGUUCCUCAGUCAACAGGCUGUGAAAUAUGGAGUCAGCACCUUCUACGGAAAUGCUUGGUCUGCACCCGGUUGCAUGAAGACGAAUGGCAAUGACGCCAAUGGUGGACAGCUAUGUGGGGUUUCAGGGACGAACUGCAGGUCAGGGGACUGGAAACAAGCGUACGCGAAUUAUCUGGUCAAGUAUGUCCAACUAUACGCAGAGAACGGUGUCAAAGUCACCCAUCUCGGCUUCUUGAACGAGCCAGACUUCACCGCAAGCUACGCAUCCAUGCUCAGCGACGGCAACCAAGCUGCCGACUUCAUCAAGGUUCUGCGACCAACCCUCGAUCGCAACAACCUCACGGACGUGGGCAUCAACUGCUGCGAAGCGACGGGCUGGAGUGUCGCCAACCAACACGCCCAACAGAUGAUCUCCUCCGGCGUCGAAGGCAUGAUCUACGCCGUCACAAGCCACGAAUACACCAGCCGCAUCGGCAGUCCCAUGCGCACCAAAGCCAAGGUCUGGCAAACCGAAUACAGCGACCUCAACGGUCGAUGGAGCACAGCAUGGUACUCCAACGGCGGCGCAGGCGAUGGCUUCACGUGGGCGAACACCGUCUUCAACGGCAUCGUGAACGCGAAUCUCAGCGCCUAUAUCUUCUGGGAGGGCGUCCAGGACCGCGCCACCAACAACAACAACAAUGAGAAGCUCAUCCUCAUCGACGGCCAGAACUACGAAGUCUCCAAACGCCUCUGGGCAUUCGCACAAUGGCGCGUCGUUCGUCCCGGCGCUGUCCGUAUCGGCGCGAGUGGAGGCUCGAAUCUCAAGUCCGCGGCUUUCCAAAAUAAGGAUGGAAGUAUUGCUGUUGUUAUUAUCAACUCGGGGACUGGAGCGCAGACGGUUGCUGUAUCUGGACUGGGAGCCCCCGCCGAGGGACAGACGGUGAAGGCUUGGGUAACGGAUAAUUCGAGUGACAUGAAGGAGGUGGCUGUUACGGUAGCGGGGGAUGGGACGGCGAGCGCGAGUGUGACUGGGCGGGGGAUGAUCAGUUUCUUGCGCAGUGCUCCGCCAGCGGCGAAUUAGGUGGGAACGUGAAGGGCGUUGGAGAUAAAGGAUGAAGCCAAGUAAACGAAACAGGGCUGUGGAUAGGAAUAAAAUGUGGUGGUCCUUACUCUCAGAAAAGUAACAAAAGAUAUUUCCGGC